UGCGCACCUGCACCUCCCAGGACGCCCCUCAGCUCCCAGCACCGUCGACAGGCCCGCCUGGGUUGACCGUCCAUCCCCCCGCUGUGUGGCGCUGCCCAGGUCCCCAUGGCCGAGGCGGAGGCUGGCUUGGAAGCCGAGGCACCCCCCGAGGAUGACACCCUGCCUUGUGACACCGUCUCCCUCAGCGACUCGGACUCGGACCUCAGCCUGCCUGGCGGAGCGGAGUUGGAAGUGGUGUCCCCAGGGGAGGCCCAGGAGGACUCUGGCCCUGAUGAUCCUCCCUUGCCCCCGGCGGGUGCUCCCACCGCGCCGGUGCAGCCUUUCCACCUUCGAGGCAUGAGCUCCACCUUCUCCCAGCGCAGCCACAGCAUCUUUGACUGUUUGGAGGGCGCAGCCCGGCAGACACCGCCCUCCGCACCCCCAGCCAGCAGGGGUGACGACGGUGGCUUCAAGCGUCCACUGACUCCCUCAAGCCGGCCUCCAUCAGGGAGCCCUGGCCGACCUAAGGUGCCCCCGGUCCCUGAUUAUGUGUCCCACCCUGAGCGCUGGACCAGGUACAGCCUGGAAGACGUGGUUGAGGCCAGCGAGCAGAGCAAUCGGGCGGCUGCCGUGGCCUUCCUGGGCUCCCGCUUCCAGGCGCCCCCCGCAGACUAUGUACCCUCCUUCAACCAGGAUCCCUCCAGCUGUGGAGAGGGGAGAGUGGUUUUCACUAAACCAGUGCGAGGCAGUGAGGCUAGAGCCGAGAGGAAGAGGGUCCUGAAGAAAGGGGAUGCAGCAGGGGCCGGGAGCGAAGGCUCUGUGGAGCUGGCCCAUCUGGCUGGGCCUGAGGCUGAGGAGUGGAGUGCCCCCCAGGGGUUGCAGGAGAUGGGCAUACCCUCAGGAGCUGACCGCCCUGAGUCCUCAGCUGGCCCCCUGGGGAUGGAGGCCGUGGGCUUCCACGGCACCAAGAAGCGGACCAGAGGGCACUUCCGAAGCAGGGACACUAGCCCUGAGGAGCCAGGGACGGAGACGGGGCACCCAGCCUGACCACACUGCCGGUGUCUGGCCUCCUCACCUGCCUAGCAGGCUGGUAUGGCAGCCUGGCCUGCUGCCAGUGGGGAAGGAAGCUGCACACAUCUGUAGAGCUGCAGCAGCUUUGGCUGAGGCUCUGAGUUGUCCUGCUCCAGAGUACAGAGGCCCUGGGACUAGGUAGUGUAGGCUUGGAGCCCUUGACCCCGGCAUCGGGUGGAGAACAAUAAAGGCUCGGACUCUU